CCCGAUAAUCCCUCUGCACCAGGCCAUUACUUCUUCUCCUUCAACUCCAUCUUCAUUUCUGCAUUUUCGCAAUUUACAUCCCAGCAUUACAUAUAUUUCUCAACAAAAUCUCGGAGAUUUACUCUCUCUGCACUUCUCUCUUGAGACAUACUUAAAAUUUCUUAAAGCCCAUUUUUGUUGCGCCAAAAAAUAUAUUGUUGUGGAGAAGAACAUAGACAAUUUUGAUUGUAUAAGAUGAGAGAAGAGGAAGCCAGGCCAGCAAGUGCUUCGUUGCGAGACAUAACUCGCAAGCAUCCGAAAAAAGGCCACAUGAUGCAUUCUGAUCCAGAGCUUUCUAUGGCCUCCUCAAUGAGGGAUGAUCUUAGCAUUGAAGUCUCCCACCGAAAGAGCUGCUUCUCUGCGUAUGACACGACUCGUUUAAGCGGAGAAGGCUCCCCCAUGACGAUGUCCCCUUGGUGUCAAAACAGCUAUUUCAAUCAGUCGUAUCCGUGGGAAAAUUAUGAAACUGAGAAUUCAAACGUCUCUGUUAAAAGGCUUCCUCAAAAUGCCCUCGUCGGGUGUAUAGUACGCGAAGAGGGCCAUAUUUACUCUCUUGCUGCCUGUCGUGAUCUCUUGUACACGGGCUCGGAGAGCAAGAACAUAAGGGUUUGGAAGAAUUUGCAUGAAUUUUCGGCUUUUAAGUCCAACAGUGGACUUGUUAAGGCCAUUAUAAUUUGCGGUGACAAGAUCUUCACGGGGCAUCAAGAUGGCAAAGUGCGAAUUUGGAAAGCUCAGGCCAAGAAUCCAGAUAUCCACAAGCGUUCUGGUACAUUACCAACAUUUAUUGACAUCUUUAAAUGCUCUAUCAAGCCCAAGAACUACGUGGAAGUGAAGCGUAACAAGACCUCUGUCUGGAUCAAACACGGUGAUGCCAUUUCUUCGUUAAGCAUGAACCAGGAGAAAGGCCUUCUUUACUCUGCUUCGUGGGACAAAACAUUUAAGGUCUGGAAAGUGGAGAAUUCCAAGUGUCUCGAAUCCGUUAUAGCCCACGAAGAUGCUGUGAAUUCAAUUGUUGCUGGAGCCAAUGACAUGAUCUUUACAGGCUCCGCGGAUGGGAGUGUUAAGGUAUGGAGAAGGGAAGUGCAUAAUAAAGGUACCAAACACAGUCUUGAACAGACGCUUUUAAGUCAGGAGUGCGCUGUAACGUCUCUAGUUAUAGACGGAUCACACUCGAUACUGUAUUGUGGAUCCUCGGAUGGGCUGGUUAACUUUUGGGAAUGUGAGAAGGAAUUGAAGCAUGGGGGAGUCCUUAAGGGACAUAAGCUAGCAAUUUUGUGUCUAGCUGCUUCGGGGAAUUUAUUGUUUAGUGGAUCAGCGGAUAGGAAUAUUUGUGUGUGGAAGAGGGUGGAGGGUUCAGCUCACUCGUGCCUCUCUGUCUUGACAGGUCACACUGGACCUGUUAAGUGCUUGGCAGUGGAGAAGGAUCUACAAACAUCAAAUGCUGAUGAUCAGCGGUGGCUUUUGUACAGUGGGAGUCUAGAUAAGUCUGUCAAAGUAUGGAGUGUAUCGGAACAAUCUCCUGAUUUUAGUGAAUUUCAGCAAGGAGAUGACAACGGGGACUUCAUCCUACCUGCAAGAUAA